GAAAAUCACUAUAUUAGAUGAAUUUUUCCAAAUUGAAUGGUGAUUCAAACACCACUACACAUUCCUACGAAUCUAGUGAGAAGAAUUUUUCUUUUCAGUUUCCCAAAGAGCAUUCAACACACUGACCCACUCAUUCCAAAUUCCAAGUUUAGUGAACAAAUAUGGUAAACGGCUUCAUUGAAACCAAUCAAUAACAAACUCCGUUUCAUUUCAAUUCUCUAAAACGUAUCAAACAUGUUUAUCAUGUUACAAAACCUAGUCAAAAUCAAAACCAAAACCUCAUUUUUCUGUUUUCUUAAUAAUAAUCACACGUUGCUUUCUUUCCUUGUCCUUCUCUGCUAAAUCUUCUCCUACAAUCUCGCUGUUUUUUUUGGGUCCAAACACAAAUUAUGCCUCAAAGAUCUUAUUCCAUAAGUUUGAGAAAGAGUCCACUUUUCCACUAUCAAUGUUCCAUUUGAAAUUCUCCAUAGUCUUAAGUUGUUUUGGAAAUUUUUAUGGACAUAAAAACAUAAGCUUUUUUCAAAAGUUGAAUUGGAUUGAAUGAUGUGUCAUGUGACCCUUUUUAAUGCUUAAGAAAACUCUACAUUGGUUUCAUCAACAAAAUUUGUUUUUGUAAAAGGAAACAUGUCUUUUGCUUUUGGUUCUAUGAGGGUUUUUAUCAGCAAUCAUGUGUUCUAUUUGUUUGGAUUGAUACUCAAAUACUUCUUCAGGUUUCUUAAUUUAGGAGAUGCAAAAAAGGAUCUCAAUAAUUCACCAUCACAAGGAGAUUUUCAUGAUUCUAAGAUUGAUGGUUUCUCAGAGGAGCUAGCUAGUUUUCUGUUUUGGAGUGAUGAUUUUCUUCAAGGAGAAACAGAGUGCUCUGUUUUCAUGGAUUCUGUUCAUGAUGCAAAAACAGAUUACUCUGUUUUGAAGGAGAUUCACUCUGAUUUUCAUGAAGGUUUUGUGAAAACAGAGGUGUACAUAGAUAACUCUGUUUUAAAGGAGGUUGAAGAUGGUAUAGAGGGAAUUGGGAGUGAAAUAGAAGAUGAAAUUUUCAUGGAGAGUGAGUCUUCAAACUUUUUUGUUCAUGAAGAUGAAGAUGGUAAGGAAAAUGGUGGAGAAGAUGAAGGUUUUGUUUCCAUGGAGAGUAGUUUCAAUGAUCAUGAAAUUGAACAUGGUAUUCAUCAUGAUUAUAUGAAGUUAGAAGAGAAUAAACAAGAAGAGAAGGAAGAUAAAGAAGAAGAAAUAGGAGGAGAUUCUCUUGUAAAGAUUGACUAUGAUGUUCAUGAGAAUGGAAGAAAAAUUGAUGAAAUUGAAACAGAGUACUCUGUUUUCAUGAAGAAUGUCUCUGAUGUUAUUGAAGAUGAAAAAUAUAUAGAGGGGCAUGUUGUAAAAGAUGAUGAAUGUGAGAGUGAUAAUAAAUUGGAUGAAAUUAAAUCAGAUUCAUCUGUUUUCGGUGUUUUCGGGGAUGAGGGUUUCCAUGUUCAUGGUGAUAAUAAAUUGGAAGAAGAAACAGAACAAAAAACAGAGGACUCUGUUUUUGUGGAGAGUGAGACUAAUACGAAAUUCACAAGUAAGUUUGAAUACUUCUCAGAAAAAGAUACGAGUGGUUUCGUAGAAGAACCGAUGACAUUUCGAUUUAGCUUUCGAGAGUUUUUCACGAGUCCAAACAUUUCAUCCAUUUCUAAUAAUGUACACAAAGAGUUUUCAAGCAUUGAUUCAGAAAAAGACUUUGUAACCGAAAAAGAAGAACAAAAAGAAGAUCAUAUUCAUUCAACCGAUAAUCAGCUUCCUUUCGAGGGCGAGGCGUUUGGUGGAAUUGAUUCAUCUGAUGAAGACUAUUUCAUUUUCAAUGAAAAUUCAAUUACAUCAGAUUCUGAGUCAGAAUCAUCUAGCUCAAGUGGUUUAAUUUGGAGCAAUGGCAACAUCAACAAAAUUGACGAUUCAUUCUCCUAUCACUUUCUUGGUAGCGAAAAUGGUAGCGAAAAAUUUGAGUCCGAGAUUCUAAAAUUGAUGAUGAGAGAUGAAAGAAAAGAAGGCGUGGAUGAAAACCCAUCUUUAUUUGAUGAUAAAGUUUCAAACUUUGAGGGGUUUUCUGAAGAUGAGUAUAUAGAAAUGGAACCUAACAUGAAGGGUUUGAAAUCUUUUAUAGAACAUGGUUUUGAAGUCAAAGAUGAAAAAGAAGGUGUUAAGAAAAGUGAAGAAGCUAAGUGUGAAGAAGAAUUGAAUGAAUCUGAAUCUGAUGAAGACGAAGAUGAUUUUGAAUGGGAGCAUGAAGAUAUAGUGGAACAAUUGAAGUUAGAAUUGAAGCAUUCAAGACAAGGUGGACUUGCCACAAUCAUAGAAGUUGAAGAUGAAGACAAAGAAGAACAAGAACAAGAAGAAAAAGAAUCACCAAAAGUGGUUCAAGAAUUGAAACCAAUGAAAAUUGAAGUGAAGUUACUUGAAUACAAGGAUCAAAUGAAUGAGAUUCAAAAAGUUUACAACAACUAUGCAGAGAAAAUGAAGAAACUUGAUAUCUUGAAUUAUCAAACCAUGCAUGCAUUAGGUCUUCUUCAACUAAAAGACCCUCUUAAACUAAUUUCAAUACCAAAAUCCACCAUCUCAAAUGCAAUAAUCUCUCAAAAUUUAUGGCCAAGAAAGUCAACAAAGAUCACAUCUGACCCAUUUUUGAAACUUGUUCAUCAACUUCAUAGAGAUUUGGAAUUGGUGUAUGUUGGACAAGUUUGUCUCUCAUGGGAAAUUCUAUGCUGGCAACACAUGAAAGCUAUUGAGUUACAGCAAUAUGAUUCACAAGGGCCUCAUAGCCAUAGGUAUAACCAUGUUGCUGGCGAAUUUCAACUCUUUCAAGUAUUGAUGCAAAGGUUCAUAGAGAAUGAACCAUUUCAAAGUGGACCAAGGAUACAAAAUUAUGUCAAAAAUCGUUGUGUGAUCAGGAACUUGCUUCAUGUGCCUGAUAUAAAAGAUGAUAGUAAAGGAAGCGAGGAAGAUCCUAUUGCAAGUGGAAAGUUGGAAGAUAUUAUAAAGGAAUCAAUGCGAGUGUUUUGGGAAUUUGUUCGAGCGGAUAAAGAUAAUGGGAAUGUGAAUGUGAUUUCUAAGCAUAUUGGAAAUGAUCUCAAAGAUCCUACGAUUUCAAAUCUUCUAGUGGACAUUAGAACACAACUACAAAAGAAGGAGAAAAAGCUGAAAGACAUAAUAAGAACUGGAAAUUGCAUAGUGAAGAAGUUCCAAAAGCACCAUGAAGAUCAACUUGAUCAUGAGCAAUUAGUUGCACAAAUUGGGUUGAAAUUGAUUUCAAGAGUGAUAAACAUGUCACAAUUAAGAAAAGAACAAGUACUAUGGUGUAGUGAAAAGUUGAACCGAAUCAAAUUUUUAAGCAGGAAGGUUGUUCAUGUUGAACCUUCUUUUUUGAUUUUUCCAUGUUGAUUCAAAUCCUUGAUUCAACCAACUUAGAUAUAUACUUUUUUUUCCAUCUUUUUACAUAAAAUGAUAUACUAGCUUAAAUAGAAAUGGUAGAUUCGUUACAAAAUUCUUAGCUUUUGUAUUAUUGUAUAUAUUAAUAUAGAACUUUUGAAGCU